CACAACAAAAAAAAAACCUGGACGAGCUUCCUCCCCGCAGACCCGCCGGUGUCUCUGCCUCUGUCCGUGGUCCUGAACACAAUUUCGGGGUGGAUAUUGUGGAUUGUGGAUUUUUUCGCCGGCUAAACGGCGGCGGCGCUGGAGGCGUGAACAGCGGACACAAGCAUGAUUUCAUGGCCGGUGAGGUCAUGAGCAUCCCGCGACUCAGUACCGGCGACUCCGGGAUCUGAAACACACACACACACACACACACACACACACACACACACACACACACACACACACACAAAGAAAAAAAAGCGGAACAUUUUUCGGCUCACCUUGGAGGUCAUAAACCAUAUCAAACCCCCCUCCCCUCUUCUUCUCCUCCUCUUCCUCCUCCUUUUCUACCACUAAAGGAUUUUUUUUUUUUUUUUUCUGGAGGGGAAUUCAUCCUCUCAAGAGUGUGACCCCCCCUCCCCUUCAGCAACACCUUCACCCCCCUAACCCUCCAAACAAAAUGAGACUGGCAAAAAUGUGCCGACUAAACGCGCUGGGGAUCUAUUUGUGGGAAACGAUAGUGUUUUUCAGCCUGGCCUCGUCGAAAGAAGCUGCGGCGAGGAAAUCUGCCACCCCGAUGCCGCCCUCCGAGUUCCUGGACAAACUCAUGGGCAAAGUUUCGGGUUACGACGCCAGAAUUCGACCGAAUUUUAAAGUGUACAACAAAGACCCCAAAGGCUCCAAAAAUGAAGCUACUCACAAGAAAGGUCCGCCGGUAAACGUAACCUGCAACAUUUUUAUCAACAGUUUUGGGUCCAUCGCUGAAACAACAAUGGACUACAGAGUGAACAUCUUCUUGAGACAGCAGUGGAACGACCCUCGGCUGGCCUACAGUGAGUACCCCGACGAUUCGCUGGACCUGGACCCCUCUAUGUUGGACUCCAUCUGGAAACCGGACUUGUUCUUCGCCAACGAGAAGGGGGCCAACUUCCACGAGGUCACCACCGACAACAAGCUGCUACGCAUCUCUAAAAACGGCAACGUGCUGUACAGCAUACGAAUAACACUGAUCCUGGCCUGUCCCAUGGAUCUGAAGAACUUCCCUAUGGACGUCCAGACCUGCAUCAUGCAGCUGGAGAGCUUCGGCUACACCAUGAACGACCUCAUAUUCGAGUGGGACGAGAAGGGAGCCGUGCAGGUGGCCGACGGCCUCACGCUACCUCAGUUCUUACUCAAAGAGGAGAAGGACCUGCGCUACUGCACCAAGCACUACAACACAGGUAAAUUCACCUGUAUCGAGGCUCGUUUCCACCUGGAGCGUCAGAUGGGCUACUACCUGAUCCAGAUGUACAUCCCCUCGCUGCUCAUUGUCAUCCUGUCCUGGGUUUCCUUCUGGAUCAACAUGGACGCCGCGCCCGCCCGGGUGGGUCUGGGCAUCACCACUGUGCUGACCAUGACCACGCAGAGCUCUGGUUCCAGAGCCUCCUUGCCCAAGGUGUCCUAUGUAAAAGCCAUUGAUAUCUGGAUGGCCGUGUGUCUGCUGUUUGUGUUCUCGGCCCUGCUGGAGUACGCCGCCGUCAACUUCAUCGCACGCCAGCACAAGGAGCUGCUGCGCUUCAGACGGAGGCGACGACACAUGAAGGAGGAUGAGACAGGCGAGGGGCGCUUCAGCUUCCCCGGCUACGGCAUGGGCCCCGCCUGCCUGCAGGCCAAAGACGGCAUGGCCAUCAAGGGCAACAACAACAACGCGCCGGCCUCGGCCGCGCCCGAGAAGACCAUCGAGGAGAUGAAGAAGCUGUUCAUCGGCCGGGCCAAACGCAUCGACACGGUGUCCCGCGUGGCCUUCCCGCUCGUCUUCCUCAUUUUUAACAUUUUCUACUGGAUCAUUUACAAGAUCAUCCGCAGCGAGGACAUCCACAAGCAGUAGUGGAGAGGCGGAGGAGGAGGGCGAGAACAGUGCGAAGAGGAGAAUGCAGAGAAACAAAACGAGUGUAGGAAACAGCGAGAGAUGACUUCAAUAGAAGAUUAUUAUUGCCCCUUUUUUCACGCCAACCACGCCUCCUUUCCUUGUCUUCUUCCUUCAUCCUCUUCCUCGGUUGGUCGAGGAUAAGUCGCUUUCUGUGGCAGUCGCCUUCCUCAACCCUACCUGACACCUACUAGACAUUAUUUGAGAUGUUUCUUGCUUUCUUUUCCCCUUAUUCUACUCUCCUACCCCAAAAUCCCAACUCAUUCCGGCUCUUUACACCUCCUGAAUAAUCCGGACCAGUGCAAUAGCAAUGCAGUAAAAUGCAUGAUAUAUGAAUGUGGCAAUAUAUUACUGAAAAGAUGAACAUUUUUCAAUUAAACACAGACUUUUGUGAGGCACACCCGACAAACUGUGUGGGCGUUGACGGGCUGGAAAGAAAGAAGACGAGAGAGUCUUGUAAAGAGUCUUGUAUUUGAUUUUAGGGUUUUCUUUUUUGUGUGAAGACAGAUAUAUAGUUCUAUAUGAAAAAAAAGUGAUGUUGGGACGGGGUGGGGGAUGUGCCAGAAGCAUACAGCAGUGUAAUAUACUCAUUUAUCUAUCAUAAAUGGGAGGAAAAAAAAAAAAACGUUAUUUGCAAAGACGGGCAUCUGGAAAUGAGGGGGGUUUU